UAUUGUUCUUCAUUUGGUUCCCCGCCUCUACAUUUUUCACCUAUUUUGAUGUCUUCUAAUGAAAAUCUUGGUCCAUUGGUAAGUGGCAAUUCUUAUUUAAAAAAUGUAUUGUCUCCAUUUAAAAGUAACUUAAAUGUUGCUCACAUAAACUGCAGAAGCAUUCGGCCUGUUACCAAGCUGGAUGAAUUGAAGAAUCUUUUGGGAAAUAAUAAUACUUUUGAUAUUCUAGCAGUUACUGAAACAUGGCUUGUUCCUGAUAUAUUAAAUUCAGCAGUUUCUAUUCCGGGGUACUAUUUCUGUCGUGGUGAUCGUGAAAUACCAGGUAGGGGUGGUGGUGUCGGAAUUUACUUAUCCAAGGGUCUCCCUUUUAGACAUGUUUUUAAAUCUUCAGUUCACCAUUGUGAAUCAUUGUUUUUAGAAUUACAAUUCCAGAGCACUAAAGUUCUUUUUGGUGUAAUUUAUUUGCCCACUGGUGAUAUUGAUUUAUUUGAAAGUCUACACUGUAACAUUUUUGAGGAAUAUAAUAAUAUUGUACUUUUUGGUGACUUCAACUUCAAUUUGUUUAACCCAACUAAGGCAAUAAUUUUUCGUAGACUUUGUACUCGAUUAAAUUUGAGUAUUAUUCAUAACUCCAAGCCUACACACUUCGACCUAGGUAGCCGGUCUACGUCCUUGAUAGAUUUUAUGCUAACCAGUGAUUUUUCUAUUGUAGCUUAUUCUGAUCAGAUUCAAUGUCCUGCUAUAUCAGACCACGCGUUAAUUUUUGCAUCACUUUCGAUAAGUUUUAGCAGCUUGCCUGAUUUUGUUGAAUACAGGAACUUUAACAAUAUUGAUUGGAAUGGCAUAUGGAACUUUCUUGCUUCAUACGAUCCAAAUUUGGUUUUUAGUAGUGUUGGUGUGGAUGCCAAAUGUGCCAGCAUAACUUCUCUUUUGGAUUCCCUAUACUCGUUUGUUCCGGUGGUUAGGAAAAAGAUCAAACACUCAGUUGAUCCCUGGAUGAAGUCUAUUGAUGUAAGAUUUGCUGUGUCUUUAAGGGAUUUGGCCUUCUCGUCUUUUCAGAAUGAACGAACACAAGAACACUGGCGAAUCUACUGCAAAUAUCGAAAUCGUGCGAAAGCUAUAAUACGCAGAUGUAGAAGAUAUCACUAUUCCAGGCUUUUUAAUGGAAUAAAUUCUCGUGGUCUAUGGAAAGCGUUAAGAGGAUCUGGAUGUGUGGUUCUUCUUCGAAUACUCCUGUUAUGCCCCUAAAUUUGGAAAGUUUUACGGACUCAGACUCAUCUUUCACUUUUCGUUGUGUGGAUGAAUCUGAAUUUAUAGAAGCUUUAUGCAGCGUAAAGUCUAAAUCAAUAGGUGUUGAUGGGAUUCCUAUUGCAUUUAUAAAGAAGGUUUUUCCUUACAUUUCCAACCUGAUUUUGGACUUAGUUAAUUGCAUAUUAACUACAUCUACAUUCCCCCAUCAUUGGAAAGCUGCUAGAGUGGUACCGAUUCCUAAAUGUCGUUCGGUCAGAGAACCAUGUGAUCUAA